AUGCGCCAAACGCAUCAAAACAGCCAAGUACUCCCCCUCGUCUUCCUGCUCAUCUUCCUCGGCGGCGCCGCCUUUGUGGGCUACCAGAUCUGGCUCGCCGUCAACCAGGUCGAAAAGUCGGCGCGCGAUCGCAUGGCCAAGAAGAACGUCGUCUUCACCAAGGACGGUAUGCGCGUCGGCGUCAAGCACGUCGAGCAGGAAAAGUAUGUCGACAAGACUCAGAGCUGGGUCGUCAAGGCCUGGAAUCUAGGGACCCAGAUACCCUCCGCCGUAACCAAGAGGAAAUGA